AUGUCGACUACCGAAAUUAAUUUGUAUUACUACGGUGAGAAAAAUUCACAAACACACCGUGUUUACUCCGUAAAAAUACUUACUUUAUACCGUAAACAUACGUAUGCUAGUAGAAUAAAGGUUAGCAGUGAUGUCUGCUUAUUUGCUGAUAAUAUUGUUGUUGCUGGCAGUGUGAUUCCCUACGUGAAAACUGUAAAAUACUUGGGGGUGGUUAUUGAUAACACUCUCUCAUGGGAGCAUCAAGUUACCAAGAUGUGUAAUCAGGCUAUGAGUUCGUUGGCUCAGUUAAAAAUAAAUAAUGAGGUGUUCAAUACGGAAUUACAAAUUCGGUUAAAUUAUCGUCAAUUGUUUGGCUCAAAGCUGCAGUUCCUGGAGGUUGCAAUGCGCCGAGGAGAUAUUAGGCAGGAUUACUUGAGAUUACCAAUGUCUACAAGUAAUAUUUACGAUAAAUCGUUUCUAAUUCAAGGCAUACGAGUCUGGAACUCUUUGCCGGCUGGGCUUACAACUGUAGAUGAUUUGACUGAAUUUCAGAAUCACUAA